AUGAAUUUACUAAAGAUUCUUGAUACUACACCGGAACCACCAAUAAUAGAGCUAGAACUAAAUGAAUUAAACCAUAGUGGAGAUUAUAACUUAGGCUGUCCAAUGUAUGAAUAUCAAAAAGAAUUAACUGAUCAAAUUAUAUCAUUACAUUAUCCAGAUAUUUUGAAAUUUUGUGAAAUUAAUGAUUUUAAAGACAUUAUAAUAAAAUCAGUAGAAACAUGUAUUGAAAAUUGUAUGCUUGUUAGUACUCAUCCUUACCUUUUAAUAAGUCAUUAUAUGCCCAAAAAUCUAGCUCAAAAGGACAUGCCUGCAAAAAUCGCUGAAACAAGUGGGAAAUUUAAUGUCUUGAAAGAUUUAUUGAAUGUUAUUAUAACUAGUAAAACCCCAGCGAAAGAAAAAAAUAUUGGGUUAGUAAUGAGUAACAAUUUAAAAUUAUUUGAUUUAAUAGAAGCAUUAAUUUUACUUUGUGUGGGUAAUAAAAGUGUGAGAAGAUACGUGGGUAAUAAUAUUCAAAGAGAAUCUAAAAAGCAAAGUAAAUUAAAUAGUAAUGGUGGGAAUGGGACCAACGGGAAUGGAAAUAAUGGAGUAGAUCAUAAUUCACCACCAACUUAUAUACAUUUAAUACCGUCAGAUGGUAAUAUUCAAAGAGAUCAAGAUUUAUUUGAUGAAGCAAACUUUGAUGUACUAAUAACAAUGGAUGGAGGAGUGGAUACUCUGUCAGAAUUUUAUCAAUCACUAAAAAGCAAGAAUCAUGAACCAGAUCAAAAACCAGCGGUCAAUAUACGAUUAAUACCACUAAAAACAGUUGAACAUGUCAAAUUACAUUAUGAAAAUCAUAAAUCAUUACAAGACUACCUAUAUAAAUUAAUUUCAUCAGUUGUUUGUCUACGAGAUUAUAUUGGAAAUUUAUCGCCAGACGUAUUCCCAAUCUACAAUCAAAAACUCAACUACUUGAAAGAAAAUUUCUUUAAUAAAUUAUUUGAAAAUAAAAAUGUAUAUCCUUCGUGGCCAUUACCUUCAUUGCCCAUAAUUCAGCAAUAUACUCCAAUUGAUGUUGAAAGAUCAUUAUUGACUGAGGCUCAUUUCCACUAUACUCCAUAUGGUAUUACUGGUCAAGUAGGUGAAGAGAAAAAAGCAUUACCUACAUAUUAUGAAAUAAAAAGGUUACAGCUGGAUUAUAUUACAAAUCCUUUGAAAAACUCAUAUAAUGAACUUAUUGGAAUACUGGGAAAUGAUGAAAAUGAUAUAAACAACGGUAUAUUAACUCACAAAAUGUUACUACAAAUGAAUGCAGCAUUUCUUGAAUUAAAUCAAAUAGAAGAAGAACUAGAAUCUUAUGAAAAUCAUGAAAGUGAAGAAAUACAAAAUAGAGUAGGAAGAAGAGAAAAAGAAAUGAGAUUAUCAGUUUCCAAAAUAUUUGAUGAUAUAGAUCACGCUCAACAAAGAAUUGAAAGUGGUAAUAAAUGGAUCACUAAAAAAAUUGAUAAAAUAGAAUCCAUCAAGAAUGAAAUAAAAGAAAAACAAGAGAAAUUAUCAAACUUCGAAUCAACACUCACCGACGAAAAACAAAAAACAUACGUCAAAAACCAAUUAGAAAUAUGGAAUUUACAAAAUCAAAUAAAAUCAUCAUUAAACAAAAUCAUAUCUAAAAAUGAUGAGAAAAACUAUACAAGCAAAGAAUAUCAAAAUGCUAAAAAUUCAAAACUAGAAUCAGAGAAAGAAUAUGGAGAAAUAGACGCUAAAAUAGAAUCAUCAAAAAGAAAACUAGAUGAAAUAGAAAUCGCAAAAGAGCAACAAACAGCAGAAUUCAAAUCAAAAAGAGACUCGCUAAUCAAAGAAAUAAACGAAAUUAAAUCAUCAAACUCAGAGCUAGAAUCCAACUUAAUGAACGCAUUUAAAUCAUUGAAAGAUGCAAACUUAAAAAAGAGAAAAGUAAGAACAGCAACUCCAAGUAAAUAG